UGUAUCGUCUUGUGCUUGCAGGGCAGAGUCUAGGUUAUGGAUUUGUGAAUUACGUGGACCCGAAGGACGCAGAGAAAGCCAUCAAUACCUUAAAUGGCUUGAGACUUCAGACCAAAACCAUCAAGGUUUCUUAUGCGCGUCCAAGCUCCGCCUCCAUCAGAGAUGCAAAUUUGUACGUCAGCGGCUUGCCAAAAACAAUGACUCAGAAGGAACUGGAGCAGCUCUUCUCUCAGUACGGACGCAUCAUUACCUCACGCAUCCUGGUGGACCAGGUGACUGGCGUCUCCAGAGGCGUCGGCUUCAUUCGUUUUGACCGGCGAGUUGAGGCCGAGGAGGCCAUCAAGGGUCUGAACUGUCAGAAGCCGCCCGGCGCCACCGAACCCAUCACGGUGAAGUUUGCGAACAACCCGAGCCAGAAGACGAGCCAGGCUCUGCUCUCCCAGCUGUAUCAGUCGCCCAAUCGAAGGUACCCAGGACCCCUCGCACAGCAGGCACAGCGCUUCAGGUUGGACAAUCUGCUGAACAUGGCGUACGGAGUGAAAAGCAGGUUCUCCCCCAUGGCCAUCGACGGCGUGACCAGCCUGGCUGGCAUCAACAUCCCAGGACACGCAGGCACGGGCUGGUGCAUCUUCGUCUACAACCUGGCUCCGGACGCAGACGAGAGCAUCCUCUGGCAGAUGUUUGGGCCGUUUGGUGCCGUCACAAACGUCAAGGUUAUCCGCGACUUCAACACAAACAAGUGCAAAGGAUUUGGUUUCGUCACCAUGACUAACUACGACGAGGCGGCCGUGGCCAUCGCCAGCUUGAACGGAUACCGCCUCGGGGACAGAGUGCUGCAAGUCUCGUUCAAAACCAACAAAACACACAAAGCCUAAAACCCACCGAGAUCGUUUCUAGAAAACUCCGCAGAAAAUGGAAACAGAAAAUGGAAGCGCAUUGACCGUAACUUUCUACAUUAGUAAACACAGCUUUGUAAAUCAGUGUUACGAAGAAGAAGAACUAAAUUUAGCGUCCAAUGUGAUUUCUUUUUUCUUUUUAUUGCUACGCUUUGAAUCUUUAAUAUUGUUUAAAACAGGAAAAAAGAACUUGAGGUCUGAAUGCCUGUGACUCUACAGAUGGACCGUCUGAACGUUUUGUCAUUUUGUUGCUUUGAAACCGUAAGUCUUGUAAAGUUCCGUGUAGUGAUUUUCUUUGUACUUCGUGUCCUGAUUUGCCUUCAGUGGUUAGCGAGUCCUUCUUUUGAACUCUUUGCGGUUUGGUUGAUUUUGUAAGUAUUCCGUUGAUUGUAAUAUGAGUUGGUUAUUGGUCGGCUGCAUAAUGUUGCUUAUUGUAAACUUAAUGGAUAAAAGACAAAAAACAAUUCUUAAAGCAGUACCUUGCCAAAGAGCUAAGAACCUCUUUGAUGUGGGUUUAAAAAGCAUCUAUUUUUAUAAAAAGAACAAUUUGGAGAAACUUUUUACUGGACCUGGAACAAAAUAUUUUGACUUGGAUACUUUGAGAAAUAUCUUCAUAUGACACCUUGUGAGCUUUUGAACUUUACAGGAAAGUUUGCAGUGGUUGAAAUUUCUGGGGAGAUUUCUGAUGUAAAAGAUACCUUUUGAGAUCUUUGUAUUAUCUUUAGAUUAUCUUUAGAUUAUAGAAUCAAUGGCAGUGCUGGUUUCAUGUGUAGAAUCAUCUGUGGGUCCCCCGUCAUCCCGGUCGUUACACGACGAGCAACUCGCUUUCUGAUUUGAUUUGGAAACGGACAGUAAUACAAAGUGCAUGCAACAUUCUAACGUGGAGAUAUGUUAAAAGGUAAAAGGGGGAUAAAAUCAGUUCUUCCUAAAGUGUCCCUUCAGACGGAGCUCAUGCGAUAAUAUCAUUAGACUGAUUUUGUCUCGAUAUGGACCGAUGAGGGUUUUUACAGACUGUGUGAACGAUUGAGGACGAGCCGACGAAGGCAGCGGCUUAAGAAGAAUAGAGCGGAUUACUCCGCAGCUCCGAGCGAUGUAAAUAAGUCCUUUUUAUGUUGACUUGUUUUAGUUCUAGUUUGGACUUCAUCGGAAAGUGUGAUAUUAUAUAUAUCGUUUUCUGUUUUCUUUUAUUGAGUAUGUAAGGUAUUUUAAUUUUGGAUAUUAACCUUUCCCUUUCAGUUGAACAGCAUUACAGUGCAACACAUUUGUUGGUUGUUUGGUCUGUAGAUAGUCUUGCUUCGUAAAAAAAAAGAAAAGUUAUUAAGAAACUAUAGACAUGUUUUUGUUUUUUUAUAUAUAAACAUUAUAGAUAUAUAUUUAUGUGGUAAAGAAUGGAUAUAAACCACAGUUUUGAACUAUUUGAUUAGUUUUGUUUUUUUCAUACUCAUAUAUAUAUAUACGUAAUGCAUAUAACCUGUCUUUAAAAUGGUAAAAGGUGUAUAUUGCUUCACUUUGGGGGGUGGGCAGCGAAGCAGAGUUAGUGAACAACACCUGGUGGACACGAUGCACCUGCACCUGCACCUGCGUGGGCUUUAAACAGUUAGUCAUGCUUCCCCGUAAACGAGCAGUGUGCUAUGCAUUAUAUAAUUAUUAUCUUUGCAACUGCUUUUUCUUGUUUCUCUAUUCCUUUUUGUGUUACUUGUAAAAGUUAAAUUUAAGUCUAGAUGAGUUGUGAUACUUGCUGCUGUGGGGUCGAGACCACCGUUUCACGCCGGACCGUCAACGUUGGAAAUCUUUUGUUCUUUUUGUAACUUCACGAUAAUUUGGUCUGGACAAAUUGUGCCGACGGUCCGGCGUGAAACAGGUUCCCUUCCCCCCUCCUAUCAACUCUUAAUAUAAGAAUGAUUAUUUAUUUGAAGUUGUAUAGUCUGACUUGGUUCACGGCGUUUUUUGGAAUAGAAUAUCUUUUGUUGAGUAUUUAAAAGGAUGUACAUGUUCUUUACUUUGUGUUUAGAUACUUUGGAUUUUUUCCAUGUUCAGUACAUCAAUAAAUAAGUUGAAGGGCA